GAGCUGCACACGUCUUUUAUUAAUUUUCCAACACUCUACCCACAUGUGAUAAACUUUUUUUUUGCAAUAAUAGUGCUGUGACCAUUCAUAAUAGCGAUUGCGAAAGUACUGUACUUUAAUUAAUAGUGUCCGCAAACAAUGGGUUUUAAUGAAUCGUCUAGAUCGAGAGUAUAGGCUAACGCAGGCGCACCGAAUCCAGUGACAGGCGAAUAACAUAAUGUUUUCCCUAUGUCGACGAUACAAAGAUGAAAACGAGCAUGGCGGAACACAAAUUAAAGGUGGCUACAUGCUACGGUACAAACGAAAGUACUUGUGGAGCACGUGGUCGGAGGAAUGGGUGGUGCUUUACGACGACUCUACUAUGGCCUGGUUUAAGGAUGCGUCGGGCAAAUGCAUGGCGACUCAAAAGUACCUGGUGAAAGAGAGCCCUGAGAUGCUUGCUAUCUCGACCUGGACGGGGCAGGUGCCAAAGCGGCCGCCUUUGCCACCUAAUGCCCGACUCUCUCAGCUCAUGGCUCUUGGCUCCAGGAGGGACCCGGGGCGUGUCGUAUGGAUGCUUGCCAAAUCGGACUCGGAAAUGAAGGAAUGGAUGGCAGCUAUCUCAAAAACUCUACCUCCGCCUCCUCACAUCGAGCUGGUGAUGUCAAUGCCGUAUCUCCGCACAGCCUUCAAAAGACCAACAGUCAGAGUACGACCAUCAACAUCUUCUGAAAUGUACGCGCGUUCGUCUCGCAACGCUGUGGGUGCACUGGACGGUCGCGGUCUUGUCGCGGUGAUUAAACGACAGGUACCACUUGCGGGACAGCUGGACCAUGAACUGGCUUGGGGCCAGGGUUGGGGGUGGGUCACUUUGCCCAAUGGAGUUUGGAGUGGACGUCUCACAUGGUCACAAGAAGGAGAGGACUUCGCACUCCACGCAAUGCCUAUAAUGCAUCACACCAAUGUGUCCCAAGCCUGUUCCAUGCUUGACGGUGUCACAGCUUAUGAAGCUUCGGCCUACGAACAGGCUCUCGCUGAAUACGACGACGCUGCUACAACAUCAGACGACUGGGACUUCGGAGUUGAUUGCGGCGAUUUCAUGAUGUGAAAAGCUCGAAUUAUUUAUACGUACGGUCUUCUGAUUUUCUUUAAUCAACGAUUUCAAAGAUGGCGGAAAAGUUUGAGACGGCUAAUCAAUGAUCAGGUUGGGGAGUAUUUGUUAGCGUAACAGACAACUGGUUGACAUAACCAAUACUAAUAUUUGCAGAUUUUCGAGAUCGUCAUAAAAUGGUUGAAUUAUAACGUGGUCCCAAAGUAUUACGCUAUUGCUCAAUAUUAGGUAAAGAGAGUACAUGUGCUGGUCACGGAGGAAACGUUUUUAUGUGACAAUUAAGAUAAUACUCCAAUUACAAAAAAUGUCUUAUGAAUUUUAUAUUUCAAACAAUUUUCAGAGAGAGAAGUACCUACGUUAUUGAAUUGACUAAUAGGAAAACGAUUCCUAUAAUAGUUGCAUGCUCUUUAGAGGUAACAGUGUUUGUUAUAGAAAAAAUAUAUGUAGCCAUUAAACCUUUAGAACCCCGUAUUUUAUUGUACGGCCUACAACUCUUAGACGAUGUUCAAUUAGACAUAGACUUUGUAAGCACCGUAAGAAAUGGGAUUGGAUAAUUGUAAUACUUUCUCCCCUAUUUCCUUGAGACGGUAUUUUUUUAAUAUUUUUUUAUAGUUUAUGCGCAAUUCUGUACCUUUUUAAGUAUUUAAAUAUAUCCAAGGAAAUUUUUUAAAUUUUUUGAAAAUUUUACGUGUACGAAUCCAGGGUAAAGUAAUGCUUAAGAAGCAACCGUUUCGUAUUCUACACAAAGUUAAAUGGUAAUAUAAUUAUGAAAUCGCACAAAACAAAAUAACAAGAAACUUUUUAGUUAAAGUAUAUAGAUAUAAGUAAAAUCGCUUUGUCCCCUAUAACACCAAUUAUAAAUGAAUAAUUAUCCAUUGAAUUAUUGGAAUUUCAUAUAGGUGUAAGUUGAUAAAUUCGAUGUUAGUACGUAGACUUUGGUCGGUAGAGGAACAUAAGAAUUUCAGCUGUUUUUUGGAGCCAUUCAUUGUUAUAAUUUUUUUAUUCAAAACCAUAGUGAAAAGUUUGAGAUUUAUUUCUCAUGGUGAGAAAAUGCUUUGCUGUUAUAAAAGUAACAUUUUAGAGUGACAUAGAAGUAGUUUAUUCAAAUUUAAUAAAAGGAUUUGAAACGAAAAACCAAUAUUACAAAAAUUUCAACUUAUUCAAAAUUUUAUAAGACAAAUGUGAAAUUCGGAAUAAAGAACAAUCAGAUUUCAGAAUAAAAAUAAAAAAUGUUUGAUGGGCUCCAAAUAAAUUUCGUAUGUGUGCGAUUUAGUUAGUCUUUGUAUUAGUACAAUUAUUUUCAAAUGUAUAAUUAUAUCUAGUCGCUAUAAAAUCUUCCGACCUACCCAAAGACUGCCUAACGUUAUUUACCUAAUACCUGUGUUGUGUAAAAUCCUAGGCACGGUCAACGCAAAAUGUAACCCUGACCCUGCGGAACAUUGCACUGCAAGAUUUCUCUUUUAACCGGAGAAAAUAUUUAAAUACAUCAAACUAAUGGAGAAUUUUUCUCCUUGCCAGAGGAAACCUAUUCAUUCUAUACACACAUUCUAAUAUGCUGUUACUACAAUUACUUAAAGAUUUGUUAAGACAUUUAAAUGUCAAUGAUGGUUUUAUGUACAUUAAUUUUUCACAUGGUAACACUUGAAUUAUUAUCUAUUGACUAACAUAAGUUUAGUAUUUGGUCUUUCAGCAGUUAAACAUUUAUUUAGAAAAUAAUCAAUCAACAGCCAAUCGUUGUCCACUGCUGAACAUAGGCCUCUCCCAAGGUGCGCCAAAACUCCCUGUCCUCCGCCUUCCGCAUCCAGUUGGUGCCCGCCACCUUCUUGAGGUCGUCGGUCCACCUGGCUGGAGGGCGCCCUACGCUGCGCUUGCCGAUUCGCGGUCUCCACUCUAGGACUCGUCUGCUCCAACGGCCAUCGGUCCUACGACAUACGUGACCAGCCCACUGCCACUUCAGCCUGCUAAUUUUGCAAGCUAUGUCGGU